ACUUUCUGACUUUCUGCUUCGUUAUAAACGGGAUUUGUCCCUCUCUGUCAUUCGCACACACGGCUGCGAUUUCUCUGAAGUGAGUGUGUGUGAGACAGAGAGUGGUUCAGCUCGAUGGAUCCACGUCGCCGGAGCGACCAAAUGUCUGAAUCUUCCGGCAGGGGAAGAGGGAGAAGGAGAGGGAGAGGAGGAGGGAGAGAGCAAGGGGAAGCUCCGGGCGGCCCUGCCCAGCCUCGGCCCCCGCCAACCUCUUACGUCCCCUCUCCCCGUGCAGCAGGACCUUCCAAUCCUCCCUUCCAGCCCCAGCAGCCCCGUCCCCCAACUCACGUCCCGUCACUGACGUCUGGGCAGAUGGUUUCCGCGCCACCGCCACCGCCGGUUGCUGCAUCUCAGCCACCUCCUGUGGCUGCAGAGGUGCUUGCUGAGCAAAUGGAGAAGACGGCGAUCUCUUCUGCUCCGUCGUCAUCGAAGGCGCUACUGCCCCCUCGCCGUCCUGGAAAGGGGACGAUCGGCAGGCCGUAUAUGGUCUUCGCUAACCAUUUCAAGCUGGACUUGCGCAGGGACAUCGUCAUCUAUCACUACGACGUUUCGAUCCGGCCGGAGAUAUCGUCCAGGGGAAGAUCGAGGAAGGUGGUAGCGGAGCUCGUCAGGUUGAACCGAGAGAGCAGCCUGGGUGGUCGCCUUCCUGCCUACGACGGCGGGAAGAGCCUAUACACCGCCGGGAAGCUUCCUUUCUCCUCCAAAGAGUUCGAUGUCAAAGUCAUCGACGGCGAUGGCACCCCUUCCAGUAGAGAAAAAGACUACAAAGUAGCAGUAAAGUUUGCUUCUACUGUUGAUAUCCAUCAUCUGAUGAGGUUUCUUAGUGGUCAGCAGCUAGAUAUACCACAGGAAGCAAUUCAAGCGCUUGACGUCGUCUUAAGAUCAUCCCCUUGUGAAAAUUUUCAUCCGUUUGGUCGGUCAUUCUUUCAUGGAGAUGGUGCAACUGUUCUCGGAGAAGGAACAACAUGCUGGCGGGGACAUUUUCAGAGUAUCAGGCCCAUUCAUAUGGGACUAUCCCUUAAUAUAGAUCUGACGGCAACUCCCUAUUUUGAGGCAAUUCCGGUGAACGAGUUUGUCCGACAAUAUCUUUAUGUGGACUCCUCAAGGCCAUUUUCCAGUGACCAACAUAGGAAGGUUGAGAAGGUUCUGAAAAAAGUGAAAGUUGAAGUGACUUACGGGGAAAAUUAUCACAGGAGAUAUGUCAUUAAGGGUUUAACGCGAGAAAGGACAAAAGACUUGAGUUUUGCUGAUGAUCAAGGGCAUAGAACCACCGUUGUGCAGUAUUUCAUGGAAAGGUAUCGAAUGUGCAUUGAUUUUGUUGAGUGGCCAUCACUAAUUGUUGGGAAUAAAAAACAAAUCUGGCUGCCAAUGGAGACUUGCAAGAUAGUCGAGGGACAGAGAUACACACAUAAAUUAACUGAGAAGCAAGUCACUGCUAUGCUGAGGGCAACAUGUCAACGCCCUACUGAUAGGCAAAACAAUAUUCUGAAGGUUGUUACGUCAAACAACUAUGGGAAUGAUAAAUAUGCAAAGGAGUUUGGCAUCAUGGUCUCCAAUUCACUUGCUUCUUGUCCUGCUCGAGUGCUGCCGGCUCCCCGUUUAAAGUACCAUGACUUGGGAGAUGAAAAGGAGUGUGUGCCAAGUGUUGGACAGUGGAAUAUGAUACGGAAGAAAAUGAUAAAUGGUGGCUCUGUUCAACAUUGGGCUUGCGUGAAUUUCUCAAGGGUGGAUACUGCAACGGCCCAAAGAUUUUCUGGGGAACUAAUUAAGAUGUGCAAAAAUAUUGGGAUGAAUUUUGUAGACAAACCUGUUAUUCCUCUCCGUUCACAAAAUCCUGCUACAAUGGAGAGAACACUUGUCCAACUUCAUAAUGAAGCACAAAAUAUUCUCCGGAAGAAUUCUGCAAUGCUUCAAUUGUUGAUUGUGAUCCUACCAGAAAAUAGUUCGAUCUUUUACGGGAAAUUGAAACGAUUCUGUGAAACUGAACUGGAUAUUGUGUCCCAGUGCUGCAAACCAAAAAAUGCAUUCAGGAUUAGUCCUCAGUACCUAGAGAAUGUUGCUUUAAAGAUAAAUGUGAAGGUUGGUGGAAGAAAUACUGUUCUUGUUGAUGCAUUGCAGCGAAGGUUGCCAAUUGUUACUGAUGAUCCAACCAUAAUAUUUGGUGCUGACGUGACACAUCCCUCUCCUGGCGAGGAUUCUAGUCCUUCGAUUGCAGCUGUUGUUGCUUCCCAAGAUUGGCCUCAGAUUGCAAAAUAUCGUGGCCUGUUUUCUGCCCAAGCUCAUCGAAGAGAGAUAAUUGACGAUCUCUAUAAUGUCAGUGAGAAGGGUGCUGGAGGCAUGAUUAGAGAACUCUUAAUUUCUUUCCGGAGGGAAACAGGGCAUAAACCUGGUCGAAUCUUAUUCUACAGAGAUGGUGUAAGUGAAGGUCAGUUUGCUGAAGUUCUUCUGGAAGAAAUGCAAGCAAUUCGUAAGGCCUGUGCCUCCCUCGAGGAGGGUUACCUACCACGUGUCACUUUUGUAGUUGUUCAAAAGCGCCACCACACACGUUUAUUUCCUGCCAAUAAGGGUCGUGACUCCACCGAUAGAAGUGGGAACAUUUUACCAGGUACAGUCGUUGAUACCGUAAUCUGUCACCCGACUGAAUUUGAUUUCUACUUGUGCAGUCAUGCUGGAAUUCAGGGCACCAGUCGCCCUACCCACUACCAUGUCCUUUAUGAUGAAAAUGGAUUUUCAGCUGAUCAACUGCAAGUGCUAACGAACAAUUUGUGUUACACGUAUGCGCGAUGCACCAGAUCAGUUUCUAUAGUUCCUCCAGCUUACUACGCACACUUGCUUGCGUUCCGAGCACGGUGUUAUUUGGACACAGAUUCAUCGGACAGUUCUACAGAAAGUUCUGCGUCGAUGGGAAGAAGUGUUAGACCCUUACCCCGUCUUAUGGAACAUGUUAAAAGAGAGAUGUUCUACUGCUAAAACCGCUUUGCUUGGCUGAUGUGGAGAGAGAGAGAGAGAGAGAGACAUUGGUCUGCCAGUACGAUAAGGUAGUUUGAUCUGCCAACCUUGAAGACUGCCAGCCCAAAAAGAGGGCGGUGGGGGGGAAACGAGGAGGCCAAGAUCGUCAAAACGAGAGGGAGUUCUAUCGUGUUUCUGCCAAAAUCAUCAGAUUGGUUUUUGAAUAUAGUCUUGCUUGAUUAGGUGUUGUUUGACGUUCAUAUUUGUGUUGUUUGGAAGAUGUUACUUUUAGAGAUAGAGAGAGAGAGAGAGUUUUAUUGUGUUUCUGCCAAAAUCAUUGGAUUGGUUUUGGAUGUAGCACGAAUGUUGUUUUGUAGUAUCUGCGUCCGCUGGACGUUCAUAUUUGUGCAGUUUGGAAAAAAUUACUUUUAUUAAGCCCACAAA